AUGGAUACUGCGAAACUCAUUUAUAAUCAAGGGCUACUGCCGGUUAUCUCUUAUGCCUCAUGCAACUGGGGGCACAGCUUAAAAAAGAAAAUAAAUCGCAAAGAAAUCAGAAAACUGCAGAGAAGAGUCCUUUUGAGAAUCGUCAAAGCUUACCGAACGGUGAGUUACGAAGCCAUUUUUGCUCUGGCCGGUGCGCCUCCUUUCGACAUAGUCAUUUGCAACACGAUGCUUGCUCGAGAUGCUUAUCUCCGCUCCGUUCGGGAUGUUCACUUAAAUAGUACUCUCUCUCCCUCCGAUCUUCCUCAUCCCUCUAAAAGAAUUCCUAUUUCACUUGUAGAUUUCAAUGCCACUAAUUUGAACUACUAUGAUUUUGUUUGCUUCACAGACGGCAGUAAGAUCAAUGAGAGAGUCGGACUAGUAUUUGUUUUGUAUCAGCAUGAGAUUGAGUUCUCCAUUCAUCAGUUCCGUAUCAGUGACAACUGUUCCGUUUUCCUAGCCGAGCUCUUGUGCUUAAAUCUCGCAGUGAAACACGUCUCGAAUUUUCUUGGAGCUAAAGUACUGAUUUGCAGUUACUCUCUUUCCUCUCUUUUUUCUCUUUUGAAUGUCAGAAGUUUUGAAAAGCUCAUUGUGGAAGUUCAAAGCAUUAUAAGCAAUAUUAAUUCACACGAUAUUUGUGUCGAUUUUACCCAUGUGCGAGGCCACUCAGGAAUUCGAGGAAAUGAAAGAGCUGAUGCUUUAGCAAAAGAGGCUACUCGUUUACCUUUUUCCUUAGAUGUAGCUAAUCCUCCCUCGUUCUGGAAACUGUUCUACUCUAAGAAAGCUACUAAGGAUUGA